AUGACGACCGGUCAACAGCGAGCCCUCAUCCACCUCGACGAGCCUUAUACCCAUCAAGCCGUCGUUGAAGCACUGAAGAAAAGCGCUUUGGACUGGGAUGUCAUCGAGACUAUUCCCGUUGAAGAUCAGGACCUCGAUGCGCCCUUGCAAUGGCUCGAGUAUGAAUUGAUCAACUGGAGUUACCUGGCAAGCCGUCCUGAUUCAGCCAUGGCCAAUGCCUACUGUAUUCGUAAAGGCCUGAUACGUAAAGCUCAGUUUGGAUAUAAUGUAGCCAAGUACUUGUCGAAAAAUCCUACCAGUAUUCUCAAGGAGGCGAUCCCUGAAACCUGGCUUUUCGAACUGGAUCAUGUCGAUUAUUUCGAAGAAGCCAUGAACGAGGUGUUCGAAGUCGAACGUGAUUUGUUGGCCAAUGAAAAUGACGAAAGUAAUCAUAUGUUUAUUAUCAAGCCGAGUCUUGCCAACAAAGCCGCGGGUAUCCGAGUUUUCAAUUCUCUCGAACAAUUGCGGACCAUGUUUGAGGAAAAUGAGUUGAGCGACUCGGAAGACGACGAUGAUAUGGAAGAUCUGUCACAAGUGCGUGAAUGGGUGAUUCAGCGAUAUAUUCAUAACCCUCUGCUCGUGCAUGGUCGCAAAUUCCACGUACGAGCCUAUGUCCUUGCCGUAUCUAAUAUCAAAGUAUACCUCUAUCAUGACAUGCUGGCCCUGUUUGCCAUGAAAAAGUACAAUCUCGAUGAGCUUUCAGACACUUUGGUGCACUUGACCAACACCUGUAUUCAGACCGAGGAAGAAGAGUUUGACGAGGAAACCUCCGUGCGCCUUUUUUGGGAUUUAGAACAACAUGGCGUCAGUAAAGCACGUUUGGAUACCAUGUUUGAAAAGAUGCAGCACGUUUUGGCCGAUGUAUUCGACGCUUGUGCGAGCGAAAUGACCACUUUCCAAGCCAUGCCGAAUGCCUUUGAACUAUUUGGUGUCGACUUUUUGUUGGAUGAAAAUGAUGGUGUUUACUUCCUGGAAGCCAAUGCUUUCCCUGAUUUCAAACAGACGGGCAAGCAAUUGCAGCACGUAAUCCAAGAAUUAUUUGAAGCAACCACUACCGUUGCUAUUGAACCCUUUUUUACGGGUCGUCCCCAAGCAUCUGAAAAGCUGGUGCAAGUAUACCAUAAGGAGCUCCUGUCGCUUUAA